AUGGUCUGCUCGACGUCCACGCUGAUGGCGAGCGUCGUCUCGGCGGCGCUGGCGGGCGCUGCGCUCGGGCUCGUGCUGGGCGCGCGCCGCGUGUCCACGUGCCCCAAGGAGGGCGCGGCGCACGGCGUGAUGCGGCGCUUCACGUGUCUGCUGUGCCGCAAGAAGAAGAAGGGCUUCCCCAAGCGGCUGAUCCUCGUGCGCCACGGCGAGUCCGAGGGCAACAUCGACCCGCUGCUGUACGGCCGCGUGCCCGACAACGCCAUGCACCUCACGGAGCUCGGCUACGAGCAGGCGGUGGCGGCCGGCGAGUCCAUCAAGAAAAUCGUGGGCAACGAGACCAUGCGGUUUAUUGUGUCGCCGUAUGUGCGCACGAUCGAGACGUUCUGCGGCAUCCUCAAGGCCUGGGGCUUCGAGGGCAAGUCCAUCCCGUGGACCGAGGAGCCGCGCAUCCGCGAGCAGGACUUCGGCAACUUCCAGGAGCCCAUGAAGAUCCGCGAGUGCAAGGCGCAGCGCCGGCGCUUCGGCUCCUUCUUCUACCGCUUCCCGAGCGGCGAGUCCCCCGCCGACGUGUACGACCGCGUGUCGUCCUUCCUCGAGUCGCUCUACCGCAUGUUCGAGAAGACGUCCGAGGAGAACUACGUGCUGGUGACCCACGGCGUGGCCAUCCGCGUCAUCCUCACGCGCUACUUCAAGUACCGCAUCAGCGAGUUCGAGCAGCUGGAGAACUUCCACAACGGUGAGCUGGUCGUGCUCGAGUUCAACGAGUGCCAGGGCAAGUUCAUGCUCAAGACCAUCGUGACCAACGACGUGCGCAUCCUCGAGGACGGCAGCGUGGCCGUCGAGACGGACGAGACCACGCAGCUGCGCGUCCACCCGAGCGACACCAUGUCGGCCAUGUCGAGGCCCUACUCGACGUCGCCGAUCAACCACUUCCGCCACCCGCCGCCGCCGUCGCCGCCCACGUCCAGCACCACGUCGUCUCCGCGCCGCGAGAACCCGGACAUGUUCCCGUCGUCGCCCACGUCCUCCAGCACCUCCAAGUCCAUGGCCGACUUUGCCUCGCCCGUGCGGCCGCCGGCCAUUGCCGUCAACGAGCCCAUGCAGCAGCGAGGGAUGCAGUAA